GCCUGACGUCAACAGUAUAAAGUUUGUCGGUCCUCGCCAAAGCUAACAGAAGAAGGGAGCUUUCUUCUCAGUUGGGGUAGCAUAAAAUAUUGGCUGUUUCGUCAAUCCUUUAUAGUUUCUCUUUGGGUUAUUCCAGUCCAGUAAACAGUUUCGUCCAGUUUUGCCAUGAUGCAGCUCAGCAGCGACACACAAUGCAACAAGCACUCGUUGCUCAACGUUAUGAACCGGUUCAUCGCCGCUGCCAACAACAUGGAUGAGACCAUCAUGGUGCCAAGCUUCCUGCGGGACGUUCCUCUGGAGGACCAGGACAGCCAAGCCUCUGUUAGUCCCAAUAACAACGAGCCCUCUUUCCCCAGCAAACAGAGGGACAUGUAUGAGCACUACCUGCUGCUAAAGUCCAUCAAGAAUGACAUGGAGUGGGGCCUGCUGAAGAGAGAGAUGGGCGGCAGCUUUCUAGAGAUGGCAGUGAAGCAUGAAGAACCGCAGGUGAACGGAGGAGCUGCAGAGGAAGGCUCUGACCUGGAGGGCCAAUUCCACUACCACCUCCAUGGACUGUUUGCUGUUCUGUCCAAGCUCACGGUCCAGGCUGACCACCUCACGAAUCGUUACAAGAGAGAAAUCGGUGGAGGUAGCCUGUUGCGAUAGGAUUGAUUGGUUUAGAACUAAAAAGGACUAUUCUUGAACCAUUGGACUGGGAAGUGAAUGGGUGGCAGUGGACCUAAAGGGCUUCAGAUUCCCCUCUGCCAUCAAAAAAGGGUUUCUUGCCCAAGUUGGUUGUCCUGUGGCCUGUCUUGGUGGUAUCUGGUGCUUUCAGGACGUUUCCUCUAGACACUAAAGGGCUAUGAGAGUAAUGGGGUUUUUACACUGACCGUUUCAGCAGCAUGCAUCUAUUCCAUUUAGACUUUAGUUUGGGUUUUGUUUUAAAUCUCUGUAUGCCAGGUCAGAAAGCCCUUGACGUUGUCAUUUAAAGCUGUAGAAGAAUGUGGAUGCUGGCAAUUCAAUUCUUUCUAUUAGCCAGCCAAUGCCUUUUAAUGAGGGGAUUUUAUGUAUUAAUGCUGCUCUUGUCCAUGUAAAAUGGCGUGCCUUGUUUUCACUUCCCACUUGUGCUGUUCUCACACGUGUGCUUGUCAUGCACUGUAUCAGUUUGAACAGGGCCCAUAUGAGUCUGUAUGCCACUUUUGUUUUUUUCUGGUUUGUCCUAAAAGAUUUCAAGUUUUAUAUUGUGCUGUAAUAUAGUGACUUAUUAAAUAAAGUGUAACUUAAACUGCC